GUACUUACCCUGCGCGCAAAAGUCGCACACGCAAAGCGUCAGAACGAAAAUUCACACACAUGCUGGCUGUCAGCGUUAUUUUAUUUGAAUUAAAUUAUUAUGCGUUGCCCUCGAAUUAUGGUGCGAAUUGCCUGCAAUCUGUGCGCCAGUGAUGUGCAGUGUGCGGCGUCCUUGAAUUGACCACUGGGAUGCAUUAAAUUUGGGCCUGCGUCUGGUGUUUGAUGUUGUUUGGUUGUUGGUUUUUUUUUUGUUUUUUUUUUUUUUUUUUUUUUUUUGGUUUCAUUUUUGCUGCUGGCCACACACGGCAUUUGGCCAAGCCACGCGAUUAGCAGAAGUGUACGCAAAGUAUAUAAGUUGUAUAUAUAAGAAUGGAGGAGCCCGCAAUACCGGUGCGAAGAGGCACAACGGAUGACGAGAGAAAUCCGCUGGAGAUUUUGGAUAUAACCGAUGAGACGCAAACAGCUGAAUUAGAGGAGGAGAUCAUGGACUUUUCAAUAAGUCCGGUAAUGGACUUGCCGCGCGACGUUAGCGCCGAUGUCGCCUCCUACGCCAGCAGAACGCCCGCCUAUAAUCUGGAAGCGUAUCUUUUGGAACGCCGGCUCAUACGGCUGGUGCGCAAACAGCCUGCCCUGUACAAUAGACGCCAUCGUCGCUUCAACAAUGACGCUUUCAAGGAGCAGCUGUGGCAAAAUAUUGCGCGACAAUUGUCCAUGGAACAAACCAAAUGCAUGAGUACCUGGGCGGAGCUGCGCUAUAAAUAUCAGCGUCAUGUGCGCCGCCUGCGCCGUUAUCGCCGGCAAGUGCAGGCGUGUCGCAUUCUAACGCGUCCACGUCCCACCAUGCUGCACGAGGAGGAUAUGCUGUUCCUGUACACGCACGUGGCAAGGCAACCGCUGCAGUGCCAGCAGCCCGGCGAAGUGUUUAAUGCAGAGCAGUCAAGUGUGGACGAUGAUGUGACCAUUGUGCCAACACAACCCGCUGAUAUUAUAGAUCUAGAUGCGGAUUAUUGUGAACAGUAUAAGAUUAGCCCCGAUCAGGAACGACUCGUUGAUGCCGUGCGCGCCUAUCCACAGCUGUAUGAUACUCAGCAUGUGGGCUAUAACAAUUAUCGUCAUCGCGGACUCAUUUGGGGUGCCAUCUCCAAUGAGCUGCACGAGAAGGCAACGAAGCUAAUGAAGAUCUGGCUGCAGCUAAAGACGCGCUACGAGUGGGAGGUGACGCACGCCAGUAGCGCCAGUCCACAGCUGAAGAAACAGCUCAGCUUUCUGUCGCCCCACAUAGAGAAUACACCCGGCACCGUAUGCAAGAUGUCGUUGUAUUUGCAGGACGCCUGGUUUGAUCCCAUUGAGCAUUUUCGCAGCGUCAUGAAUCUGAUAAAUGUGCUAAAAACAAUGCCCGAGCUUGGACAGAUGGUGGAUGAUUACCACGACAAUGAACUGAAGCCGGCGCGAUAUAAUGAGCUCUGGUUGCGCGUCUCGGCGCAGGUGAAUUGCUGCCAUCAACGCUGCGAGGUUACCUGGCUGGUGUUGCGCAACUUUUACCUGGAGUUGGACGAGAUGCGUAAAGUUGGCUAUCAGCUGCAGGACAAAUGGUUCUUCGAGAACAUCAUUGGUUGCCUCUACAAGCUGUUAGCCGCACGCUCGAUGCGACGUGCCCAAAAACGUGCCGCCCCAAUUGUUACCACUGGCGCAACACCGCCCAAGUUAAUGGCGGCCGGGCCAGUGAGCGCUAAGCCCAGUGCUACGCAACGCGACUGGCAGAGAUUGGCGUCGAAGCCUGCGUAUAGUACGCCUCAGCCGGCGCCACCGCUGCCACUGGCCAUUGUCUAUCCGGCGACCACGCGGGCAACCUCCACCAUUACGGCCAUUCCCAUUAGCAGCAGCAGCAACAUCACGACGAGCAUCGUCAGCAACAGCAUCACGACUAGCAUCACCAGCAGCAACAGCACCAGCGGCAGCAGCUGCAGCUCCAGUACCUCUGGCUUUGCCAUUCCGCGCAUCACAGCAGCCAUCAGCAUGGUGUCCAAGCCCGCAAUGCCAGCAGCAGCAGCUACGACGACGUCGCCAGCUGCCAACGCGCCGAACAGCAGCUUUGUAAACAUAAUGCCGCAGACGCAGACGCAGAUGCAGCCGAAGCCGUUGCCGUUGCCGUUGCCAAUGCCGCUGCCAAUGCCGCUGCCGAUGCCGAUGUCGAUGCCAUUGCCAUUGCCGAUACCGGCCACGGUGCAGCUGGCCAAUGUGCCCGGCGUGCGGCCGAGUCCAAUGCGUAGCGGCCUGCAGGUAAUGGUGCGUCCAAAUAUACGCCUGCCGCUGACGCCAAUUAUAUCGCCGGGUAUCAGCAGCAGCAGCAUCCCGACGAACACCAUUAGCGGCACCACCAUACGCGCCGUACCACCUGUCGCAGCAGGUGUCACCCUACAGCCCACAUCACCAGCAUUAGCAACAGCAACAGCAGCACCGACGGAACUCACCACCAAGGUGAGCAAUGUGCCCAGCAUGCUGGCAACGCUAACAACAACGCCCGCGUCAAAUGCAAAACCGUUGCCACCGCUGGUGCCACCAUUGCCCAAGCUGGUGCCGCUGACCGUGCGCAACGACAAGGUGGCAUUGCCAUCGGUGAACAUGCUGCCCAAGCCGUGGGGCACAUCGAUGCCGCUGCCAGCGCUGACGCCAACAACGCUCGUCAGAAAGCAUCAGACGGCGCUGAAUAGCGGCUGGGAUGAUAUACGCAGCCCCACCCAGCCCGCCAAUAGCAUCAAAAUCACUUUCAACAGUUCAUCAAAUGUGAUUAUCACCAAUGACAAGACGCCAACAAAGCAGGUGCCCGAAAUCAAAGUCGAGUUCCGCGAUUGCCCGCAAACUGGACGCGUGCUGCAUGCGGAGGGCACCGCGGUGCCAUUCUCCCCGAAUCUGAAUAUGGCGCGCACCGCGGUAUUUAUACGUGAGGUGAUGGCCAUACCGCAGCUGCACUGCACGGAUCACCUGCUGGCAGGCAAAAGCACGGCACUCUGGCAGCAAAUAGCCAAAAAGUUUCACAUGUCAGAUCAACUAUGUCGCGCCAUUUGGCAGUUUCUGGCGAAUAACAUGAACCAGUUUCCGACAAUAGCGCCCAUGGAGGAGCUGAUGCGUCCCUUCAAGGGCGGCAUGAGGGUGUGGGAGAAGUCGCAUCGUUUGUUCAGCAAAUUUGACGAAAUAGCGCGCAAAUACAAAUGGAUGCUGCACAAGGAUCAACUGCCGGCGCUGAUGAAUCAUUUUGAAAAGUACGAACAUCUGUACUGGGACAUGCGCCGACCGCGACCAGGAGAAUCGAAUCAUUCAGUGCGACCGCCCCGCCAUUAUACCGACCAGGAGCGCCAGGAGGUGUGGCGUGUGGCGCGUGAACGUUUUCCGCACAUGAAUCAUCGAGACGUUUGGUCCAUGUUUAAAUUUGCCUUCAAGACGUAUAUGGAGGACUUGGAGCGCGGCAUUGAGAAUCCCUGGCCGCAGAACUGGUGGCAUGCACUGGAGCAGCUUAAGUUUCUUGUGAAUGUGCGCUAUCAUCCCUUGGAGCCGUACUACUACAUUGUGCACAACAAGUUCAUGGAGGAGGUGAAACGCUGCAGCAUGUACGAGGCGCUAAUGCAAACAAAUGCCGACAGUUCACAGGGCAAGGCGGUGGCAAACAAUGCGCCAAUGCCCUGGGAGACAGAGGAGGCGAAGCGGCUCCUAAAUAGCGAGAACAAAGUUCAAGAGGUUUUGGUUUUCUUUAACAAAGGGCCACAGCAAUCAGAGCAGCAGCAGCAGCCGCAGCCGCAGCAGGAGGAACAGCAACAGCUGUUGCAGCUGGAGAGAAUGGACGAACAAUCACUGCCAGAUGAUUCGGAGCUUACGCUGGAAAAACAGCCGACUGUUAACGAACUGGUCAAGCAUUUGGCCGGCGAGCCUCGCAAGCUACCCAACAUGGAUGCCUAUCAGCUGACACGUCUGCUGCGCUGCCAUCCAAAAACCUAUGGCAGGUCCAGCACCAUGGAGAAGCGCAGUGCCUGGCUGCAUGUAGCCAAGCAGCUUAAUGCCACCGUAACCGAGUGCCGCUUGAGCUUGCAGCAUGCACUGCGCGAAUUGUGCAUCUUGAAGAUCAGCGAUAUCAAUUGCCGUUGCGUGCUAUCGCAAAAGUAUUAUCAUCACAUGAACGAGAUCUACAAGCAGGUGAAGGCCGGCGGUCGGCUGGUGGUGCACCGCACACCGCAUCAGCUCAACCAGAUGCUAAUGGAGCCCACGGACACCAUUUAUCCGGAGCGUUAUUUGCCCGAAAUCAAUAUAAUUACGUGCAAGCCCAGUUUGGUGGUCAAGAAUUGGGCAUAUGCGGCCAACAAUUUGCCGACAAUCAGUCAAGAAGAGGUCCUGCACGUGCGCCUUAAGCAAAUAUUUGCCAAAUACGCCAGCCUGGCGAACAUCGAUUGGCCCAAAGCUGCUCCAGCCAAGCGCAGCAAUGGCGCACUGCAGCAACAGGAGCAUGAUGAAAAGCAAUCCAAGUUAGACUAGAUCACAUAGAUUUAAUAACUGUUAAUGCCUAACACUUAUUAUUGUACAUUGGCUGGAUGUUCAAUUCAGCGACUAGUUGGAACCCAAUCCUCGCCCAAAUUACCAUUUAACAUACGUUUCAUCACACGAGUCACUUGCAAUGUUUUCGCGGCGCAUGUUGAUUAUCAUUAUUAUUAUAUAAAUUAGGUAUAUAUUCGAUCAGCUGUAGUUAUGUCCGGCUUUGCAUGAAUCUGCCACAAGCAAUUAUUUAACAAAGAAAAAACGUUCAUGCAACUUUAGCUGGAAUACACAAACACAUACACCAACGAUUGCAGUUGGCCAUGUAUGUUAUUUAUACUAACGAUUAUUAAUUUUUUUUUUAUAUGCAACUAAAUACACAUAAGUAGGAAUUAA